GAAAUAGCCGAUCCUCGUAGGAAAGCAGUAUCAGGCUGAUUUUAAUCAAAUUUUAAUCAAGCUAAUCGACGAUUUACUCAGCUGAUAGGAUCGUCGCCAAUAUGAUACAUGAAAGAGUUCGUCGUCGUGAAAAAAUGGAUUGAAAACAUUAUUGCUUGAUGUCGAUGUUCCUUCAACGUCUUUGAAAUCGUCUCCAUUCCUAAUGGUCUGAUGCAUUAGAUCAGAACACGUAUGCACACACGCACGAACUUAUCAGCCUUGUCAGCAGGGAUGUACGUGCUUCAUCGAAUUUGAAUUACAUACGUAAAUUGUACAUUAAUACCAACCGUGAGUGCGUAAAAGUGCGAGGUUACCCGUACAGCAUAAACAUGGCCUCGCGGUAUAGUCACGGUGUUCAGCGAGUUUUAGCGAAAUUAGAAGCAUCGAUAAAUUCGGAAAAUUAUUAUGAGGCUCAUCAGAUGUACAGGACAUUGUAUUUCAGAUACCUCGGCCAGAAAAAAUAUUCGGAACUUUUGGAAUUGCUAUAUAAUGGAUCAAUGCUUUUAUUACAGCACGAUCAGCAUGCCAGUGGAGCUGACUUAGGAAUUUUAUUUAUCAAUGUUUUAACACAAUCUGAGACAGAACCCACGCAGAGUUUCUUCGAAAAGAUUACAACUCUGUUUGGUACAAUGAGCCCCAUGUUCCCUGAGAGAGAGGUGUUUAUACAAUCUGCUCUCAAAUGGAGUAUAAAAGGCACAGAUUAUAAAACUGGUCAUCCAGACUUGCAUCAGAAGAUAGCGCAAAUAUUUUGGAGAGAGAAAAAUUAUAUAAUGGCAAGGCAGCACUUUAUGCAUAGUAGAGAUGGUUCUGGAUGCGCAGCAAUGUUGGUAGAACUUCACGAGCAGCGUGGAUAUAUGAAUGAAAUAGACCUCUUUAUAGCUCAUGCAGUUUUUCAGUAUCUUUGUCUACAAAACAAAGCAACCGCAAAGGAAGCCUUUAAUUCUUAUACUUCAAGGCACCCGAAAAUAAGUAGUGGCCCGCCAUAUCUUCUUCCUCUAUUAAACUUUUUGUUUUUUCUACUAAAAACAAUCGACAGUGGAAAAUUAGCGGUGUUCACAGUACUCUGCGAUCAGUACCAGAUAUCUUUAAACAGAGAUCCAUGUUAUCGACAGUACUUAGACAAAAUAGGCCAACUCUUUUUCAAUAUUCCACCACCGCGUCCACGUAAUCAGGGACUAUUCAGCUCGUUACUGCAGUCCUUUUUUAAUGGCCUGGAAGAUGAUGAAUACGACGAUGAGCAACGAAAUACUGCCUCAACCUCAUAUGCUGUGCAAGAACUUGAUUGAUUAAAGAUGAGGCAGCGUUGUGCAGUGUGAUGCUAAAUAUAUGGAACUUUUAUAUAUAAAUACAUA